UCAAGAAAGAUUUUCAUAUUUAAAAGAUUUUCAUCUUGGAUAUAUAUCAAGUGAAAAUUAGAGUCUUUUGGGAAACAUUUUCCUCCUGUUAAAUUAUACUUGUAAUGGGCGACAUGGCAAACAACUCGGUUGCAUAUGGUGGCGUAAAAAACUCUUUGAAGGAAGCUAAUCAUGAUGGAGACUUUGGAAUUACACUCGCAGAACUGCGGGCUCUCAUGGAGCUCAGGUCUACAGAUGCAUUACGAAAAAUACAGGAAAGCUAUGGAGAUGUCUAUGGAAUUUGCGCCAGGUUAAAAACAUCUCCCAAUGAAGGUUUAAGUGGAAACCCUGCAGAUAUAGAGAGAAGAGAAGCUGUAUUUGGAAAGAAUUUUAUACCUCCUAAAAAGCCAAAAACCUUUCUUCAAUUAGUAUGGGAAGCAUUACAAGAUGUCACUUUAAUUAUAUUAGAAAUUGCAGCCAUAGUAUCAUUGGGCCUUUCUUUUUAUCAACCUCCAGAAGGGGAUAAUGCACUUUGUGGAGACGUUUCUGUUGGAGAGGAAGAAGGUGAAGGUGAAACUGGUUGGAUUGAAGGAGCUGCGAUCCUCUUGUCAGUAGUGUGUGUAGUAUUAGUAACAGCUUUCAAUGACUGGAGUAAGGAAAAACAGUUCAGAGGUUUGCAGAGUCGAAUUGAACAAGAACAGAAGUUCACAGUCAUCAGGGGUGGUCAGGUCAUUCAGAUACCUGUAGCUGACAUUACAGUUGGAGAUAUUGCUCAAGUGAAAUAUGGUGAUCUUCUUCCCGCUGAUGGCAUACUUAUUCAAGGCAAUGAUCUUAAAAUUGAUGAAAGCUCAUUGACUGGUGAAUCUGAUCAUGUUAAGAAGUCUUUAGAUAAGGAUCCCUUACUUUUAUCAGGUACUCAUGUAAUGGAAGGCUCUGGAAGAAUGGUAGUUACUGCUGUGGGUAUAAAUUCUCAAACUGGAAUUAUCUUUACCUUACUUGGAGCUGGAGGUGAAGAGGAAGAGAAGAAAGAUGAGAAGAAAAAGGAAAAGAAAAAUAAGAAACAAGACGGAGCUAUUGAGAAUCGCAACAAAGCAAAAGCCCAGGAUGGUGCAGCCAUGGAAAUGCAGCCUUUGAAGAGUGAAGAAGGUGGAGAUGGUGAUGAAAAAGACAAAAAGAAAGCGAAUUUGCCAAAAAAGGAAAAAUCUGUUUUACAAGGGAAACUAACAAAGCUGGCUGUUCAGAUUGGCAAAGCAGGUUUGUUGAUGUCUGCCAUCACGGUUAUCAUUCUCGUAUUAUAUUUUGUAAUUGAUACAUUCUGGGUUCAGAAGAGACCGUGGCUUGCAGAGUGCACACCGAUUUACAUACAGUAUUUUGUGAAGUUCUUCAUUAUUGGAGUUACGGUUUUAGUGGUGGCAGUGCCAGAAGGCCUUCCGCUCGCAGUCACCAUCUCACUGGCUUAUUCAGUCAAGAAAAUGAUGAAAGAUAAUAAUUUAGUGAGGCAUCUGGAUGCUUGUGAAACCAUGGGAAAUGCUACAGCUAUUUGUUCAGAUAAAACAGGAACAUUGACAAUGAACAGAAUGACAGUUGUUCAAGCUUACAUAAAUGAAAAACAUUAUAAAAAGAUUCCUGAACCAGAAGCUAUCCCACCAAAUAUUUUGUCCUACCUUGUAACAGGAAUUUCUGUGAAUUGUGCUUAUACAUCAAAAAUAUUGCCACCAGAGAAAGAGGGUGGAUUACCGCGUCAUGUUGGUAAUAAAACUGAAUGUGCCUUGUUGGGACUUCUUUUGGAUUUGAAACGGGAUUAUCAGGAUGUUAGAAAUGAAAUACCAGAAGAAGCACUGUACAAGGUCUACACCUUCAACUCUGUUAGAAAGUCCAUGAGUACUGUCCUGAAAAAUCCAGAUGGAGGUUUCCGAAUAUUCAGCAAGGGCGCAUCGGAGAUAAUUCUGAAAAAGUGUUUCAAAAUCUUGAGUGCUAAUGGUGAGGCAAAAGUAUUCAGACCAAGGGACCGUGAUGAUAUUGUAAAAACUGUGAUUGAACCGAUGGCAUCAGAAGGCUUGAGAACCAUAUGUCUUGCAUUCAGAGAUUUCCCAGCAGGAGAACCAGAACCAGAAUGGGAUAAUGAAAAUGAUAUUGUCACCGGCCUUACAUGCAUUGCUGUUGUGGGGAUUGAAGAUCCUGUGAGACCUGAGGUGCCAGAUGCUAUAAAGAAAUGUCAGAGGGCUGGAAUUACUGUGAGGAUGGUCACUGGUGAUAAUAUUAAUACUGCUCGGGCUAUUGCUACCAAAUGUGGUAUUUUACAUCCUGGGGAAGAUUUCCUAUGCCUAGAAGGUAAAGAUUUCAACAGAAGAAUACGAAAUGAAAAAGGAGAGAUUGAGCAAGAGCGGAUAGACAAGAUUUGGCCAAAGCUUCGAGUGCUUGCAAGGUCAUCUCCUACUGACAAACAUACACUGGUUAAAGGUAUAAUUGACAGCACUGUCUCAGAACAACGCCAGGUUGUAGCUGUAACUGGUGAUGGUACAAAUGAUGGCCCAGCAUUAAAGAAAGCUGAUGUUGGAUUUGCAAUGGGUAUCGCUGGAACUGACGUAGCUAAAGAAGCAUCUGAUAUUAUUCUCACAGACGACAACUUUACAAGCAUUGUUAAAGCAGUUAUGUGGGGACGAAAUGUCUAUGAUAGCAUCUCAAAAUUCCUUCAGUUCCAGCUUACUGUUAAUGUAGUAGCAGUGAUUGUUGCUUUCACGGGCGCCUGUAUUACUCAAGAUUCACCGCUUAAGGCUGUGCAGAUGCUGUGGGUAAAUCUCAUAAUGGAUACGCUCGCUUCCCUGGCUCUGGCAACUGAACCCCCCACUGAGUCCCUCCUGCUUCGGAAACCUUAUGGUAGAAAUAAGCCUCUCAUCUCACGCACAAUGAUGAAGAAUAUUUUGGGUCAUGCAUUCUAUCAGCUUGUAGUAGUCUUUACACUCUUGUUUGCUGGAGAAAAGUUUUUUGAUAUUGAUAGUGGAAGAAAUGCUCCUUUGCAUGCUCCUCCAUCGGAACAUUAUACUAUUGUUUUUAAUACCUUUGUACUGAUGCAACUUUUCAACGAAAUAAAUGCUCGGAAAAUUCAUGGUGAAAGAAAUGUGUUUGAAGGAAUCUUUAAUAAUGCCAUCUUCUGCACAAUUGUUUUAGGCACAUUUGUGGUACAGAUAAUAAUUGUGCAGUUUGGUGGAAAACCUUUCAGUUGUUCAGAACUUUCAAUAGAACAGUGGCUAUGGUCAAUAUUCCUAGGAAUGGGAACGUUACUCUGGGGCCAGCUUAUUUCAACAAUUCCAACUAGCCGUUUAAAAUUCCUAAAAGAAGCUGGUCAUGGAACACAAAAGGAAGAAAUACCUGAGGAGGAGUUAGCAGAGGAUGUGGAAGAGAUUGAUCACGCUGAGCGGGAGUUACGGCGUGGCCAGAUCUUGUGGUUUAGAGGUCUGAACAGAAUCCAAACGCAGAUUCGAGUGGUGAAUGCAUUUCGUAGUUCUUUAUAUGAAGGGUUAGAAAAACCGGAAUCAAGAAGUUCAAUUCACAACUUUAUGACACAUCCUGAGUUUAGGAUAGAAGAUUCAGAGCCUCAUAUCCCCCUUAUUGAUGACACUGAUGCUGAAGAUGAUGCUCCUACAAAACGUAACUCCAGUCCUCCGCCCUCUCCCAACAAAAAUAACAAUGCUGUUGACAGCGGGAUUUACCUUACAAUAGAAAUGAACAAGUCUGCUACCUCUUCAUCCCCAGGAAGCCCACUACAUAGUUUGGAAACAUCACUCUGAUUGUAAGCUGAAUGUUAACACACUAGCUGCAUUGUAAAGAAACAAAUUGAAACUGGGUCUUUUCACAUAUUGUGACGGACAAGAUAGUAUUCUUGUCUUUGGACUUCAACAGAAGACACACUUGUACGAAUGUAGAUUUAUUUUUUUAAAAAAAAAAAAAGCAAAGCUUUCUGCCAGACUGAGGGUGCUUUUUGGGGGGUGGGAGAAAUGAACUGACAGAAACAGUAACUCAGCUUAAGUUGACCUGUGGAUCAUCAGUAGAACCUAAGAAUGGUCCUGAACAGUGUAUUAGCAAAGCUUUAGUUUAUCUCAAUCCUUGAUGGGAGAGAGGGAGGAGUAAAGCUGGGCAAGCAAGCAAAGAGCCCUGGAUCAUUGAAUUGAUGCUUUAAUUUCUGCUGUUGGCUGUUAAUAAUUUGGAUUAUUUAUGUUUAUAAAUGAUACAGAUCUGUUUACAAGGUUUGUAGAUACUUUUUUUGUUCCUGUUCAUAGAUGGGAAGCUUCCUUAUAACUGAUGCAGAGAAAAAUUAGUCCUUCAAAUACUGCUGUAUUUUCAGGAAAAAAAAAAGGGGGGGGGGUGUUUCUAUUGAAACUGUACUAAAUUUUUGCCUACAAUUUACCUUGUUAAAUAUUGUAGAUAAAUUGCUAAUACUAAUAGCCAAAUAGAUAACACUAAUGCUUUGUUUAAAAAAACAACAAAAAACAAACAAAACAAAACAAAAAAACAUGAGCAGUGGUGUUCUAAUGAAGUUAUGGCAUCUGUCCUAAUUAGUUUCUUAAAUACAUUUACUACUUAAUGGUUUUGAAACAACUGUUUAAUUUUUAAAAUUUUUGGAAACUUGCUAAUAACCUUUGUUCAGAAUUUAGUAGAUUGUUUAAUGCAGGACAUCAACUACAUAAUGAAAGAUGCUUGAAAUGCUUUUGUUAUUUCAGGCAAAUCAAAUUAAAUCAAACUAUCAAACUACAAGAGAACUUUAGUCCUUUUUGUUUUUGUCUAAACAUGUUAGUUCAGUGAUGUCUUGGUGAACUGUGAGUGAACUGUAUUGAUUUUUCUAAUAAAUCCUUAGAAACCUUCAUACAGCAUGAGGGCUGUUGGCAUUUUGAAAAAGGUUAAUAAGUAGAAGCAUACAUGUUUUCCUUUUGUUUUUGAAACUUGUUUGUAAACAUAAAUAAAUAUGCCCUUUUAUUAAAUAAAUACACAGCGAUGUUUUUUUAAAAAGAAA